GCUUCAUUGUUUACAUUGAAAUGCAAGUUACCGCAUCGCAUCAUGUUACUUACCGUAGCAGGUGGAUAAUAUUAUGAAUUGUGAGGGAAUUUUAUUACACGUGGUGUCAAUAUCAUCAUCAUGUAUACCAGUCAGUACCCUGAGUCUAAGGAUUGUCAUUCGACAGAAAUGUCACUCACUACCCUUGAUGAGCUAAUCUUAGCUAGGAGCGUAUCUCAAAUGAGUGUCAGCAUCCCAACGCCUUCAAGUAUCAACAACAGAGCUGCACCAGCUCUGCCGUCUGGUGCACAUCUUCGAAGUGCUGGUAGGGGCAAGGUCAUGUCUUUAUACAUCUCUACCCUCCUCCAGGAAAGCUGUGGCAGUGCGCUCGAUGAUUUGAAUGAGGACUGCUCUUCAGAGGUGAGCGAUUCAACACUUAUUGAUUGCAGCACCACUAUAGCAGAUCAGGAGGUAGAAGCAGUUUUUAGUCAGAGUCCAUCAGACGAUGCCUGCUGUAAUAUUACUGUCGAUAGCCAAUUAAGUACAUGUAACUCCGUCUUUGAAGACUGCCUCUCCCAGGUUAGCGAUUCAACCAUUGAUGAUGGUAGCACUGUCAUCGUUGAACAGGAGAUACAAGCUGUUUUUAGUAGGAGUCCUUUGCUAAGCCCCGCCUGCAGUGAUAUUACUGUCGAUAGCCAAUUAAGUACAAGUAGCUCAGUCUUCGAAGACUGCCUCUCUCAGGUUAGCGAUUCAACAAUCGAUGAUGGUAGCACUGUCAUCGUUGAACAGGAGAUACAAGCUGUUUUUAGUAGAAGUCCUCUAUCAAGCCCCGCCUGGAGUGAUAUUACUGUUAACUCUAGCCAAUUAAGUUCGCCUAAUCACUCUAAUUAUAACAAUUAUCCUUGCAACCGCGGCUCUUUCGUGCAAAAUCCGAACAAUUAUAAAAGAGGAAAUUCUCGAAAUUCUAGCAUUAAUCAGAACCAAACCAGUCACUUUAAUGAACAGAAGGUUAGAGGAAAUGGUAGUUAUUCUGCUGGUAGAGGUUCUCACAAAAAUGUGAAUGGCAUUCAGUGUGAGGAUUCGCUCUGUUUCCCAAAUCGUUCAGAUUUCCCUAGAAAUCAUGGAGCACCCCAACAAAAUCGAAACACCUUCCGCCAGGAAAAGUUUCAACAUCCUGAUUUCAAUCAAAAGUACAAGAAUGAUGAUGUUCAAAAUGUAAACUCCUGGCAUUAUCAGAAUCAUUUAGAUUUCCCUAGGAACUGUGGACAACUCCAAGAAAAUCAAAAUAUUUGUAGGUACCAAGAUAGAAAAUUGCAAUAUCCCAGUCCAAACCAGAGGAACUUCCCCAGUCAAAAUUUAGCGAGAGGUAGUGGUAGUCAUUUUGCUGGCAGGGCUUUUCCCAAGAAUGUAGAGACAAAUGACUUUCAAAAUGUGAAUGUACACCGUUUUCCAAAUCCCUCAGCUUUUCCUAGAAAUCAUGAAGCACCCCAACAUAAUCAAAACACUGUUCGACAGGAAAAAUCUCAACAUCCUGGUUUCAAUCAAAUGCAGUCCCAUAACUUUAAUUAUGAGAGUAACAAAGCCAAUCGUAGUCAUUCUGCUGGCAAAUAUUCAUACAAGAAUGAUGAUGUUCAAAAUGUAAACUCAAGGCAUUAUCAGAAUCAUUUAGAUUUCCCUAGGAACUGUGGAAAACUCCAGGAAAAUCAAAAUAUUUGCAGGUACCAAGAUGGAAAAUUGCAAUAUCCCAGUCCAAACCAGAGGAACUUCCUCAGUCAAAAUUUAGCAAGAGGUAGUGGCAGUCAAUCUGCUGGCAGAGCUUUUCCCGAUAAUGUAGAGUUAAAUGACAUUCAAAAUGUGAAUGUACACUGUUAUCCUAGUUACACAGCUUUUCCUAGAAAUUGUGGAGCACCCCAACAUAAUCAAAACACCCUUUGUCAGGAAAAAUCUCAAUAUCAAAAUUUAGCAAGAGGUAUGGGCAGGCAAUCUGCUAACAGAAGUUUCAAUAAAAACAAAGAGGUAGAUGACCUUCAAAAUGUAAAUACGCUCCGUUUUCCAAAUCACACAGCUUUUCCUGGCAAUCGUGGACCACCCACACAAAAUCAAACAAGUUUUCAGCGGGAAAAAUCUGAAUAUUCUGGUUUCAAUCAAAACCAGACCAGAGGAAGCAAGUCAGUCAAUUUGGGACAUCCAAGAAAAGGGGUAAGCUCUCCGAAGCCCAAAAAACAGUCAGUUGGUAGAGGAAAACUGUUAAGUCAGAUAGAAUUUACGGAGCCAUCAUUUGGCAUCUCAGUAAGCCCGCCGCCCUCUAGGAGCCCUGAUGACAAUUUUCAGCCAACUUAUGGGAAUUUGUUCCGUUCGCUAUUUUUCAAUCCCUUUGAAAAACUAAGAGCCAUCGGGCCAGUGCAAGGUUCCCUUCUCGGUUACGACACACAGGACAAUUAAAAUUGCUUAUACUAAUUGGGUUUUUGGAUUGUAUUUUCGCUCAGGAAAUUUUCUUAUGGUCCACACUUGAAAACUUUGGAAAUAAUGUUAUCUCUCAUCUGUCUCUAUUAUUUCAUUCCCGACCUCUUAAAGUUCGACUUGGAUCCUCCAUGGUUGCGAACCUUUAUGGGGAGCAUCUGAGUGCUUUGAAUGGUUUUGUAUAGUUCAAUAUAUCUACUAACUUGUCAGCGAUUUCUUUCCAUGCACUGGUAAUGGUGCUUCAAUCAUUCCCCAGAUAAACAAAUUCUACAGCCAUUUUUCCGUAAUUACAACAAUAGGUAGGCACUUUUUCAUUUAUAGCCUUAAUCAACCCACAGUUUCACAUAAGUUGAAAAAUUCAGAAAUUUCCUCUGGAAGUUACUUAUUUCAUAAGUUUUUAAUUUGUGAUAUGUAUAAAAAUAGUCGACUUCUUCCUUGUUUUAAUAUGUAAUCUUAGAGUUACUUUUAUUUUAUCAAAACAAGCAUUUUUCAAUGUUUCCUUAAAAUUUGUAGGGAGCCAACUUCACAAAGCAAAGAGAAAAAAAUCAGAUUCAAGAUCCUCAAUGUCUCCCGUUCACUAUUUCUCGCUCUUUUAAGAAAAUUUAAACAUGAUAGAAAGUCUGAGAAGUUUUUGAACAAAAUUUUAAAAUUAAGCAUUGGCUGAGCUGACUUUUUUUUACAAUCUUAGUCGAGAAACGCAAUCAUACCGAUCACAGCCAUAUUUUUACAUUAGUUUUAUUUACUUGUAUUUAUUUGGUUGCAUGUUAUCCUCGAAAAGCUUGUUUUGUCCUGGAAAGAGUCAAAGGUCAUAUCAUCUAAUUUGCCAUUGAAGAGACUACCAUUGGUGUUGUUGAUAACUCCCUCCUCUUUUUUAAAAUUUAUUUUUAUUUAUUUAUUUACUUACUUAUUUGUUUUUUUUCUGCGUAAAUAAUUGCAUUUUUCAAAUUUUAUGACAAAGUAUUGUAUGUACUUAAGUUAUCCUGAUUGUGCAUUUUUUUGGGUCAAUUUCUUAUUGAAUUAUUCUUAUGUAGAGAAACAAGUAUAUAUGGGGAAAGAAUUUAAAUUAAUACUGAUUAUUGUUCUUGUUAAUUGCUUUUCCAAUGAAAAAAUUUAAUGGAAAAACUUCAAAGUUUGGUAGUACCUUUGAUGAAAAGAUUUUGAAGUUGAGAAGUAUGAUGUGUAAUUCAGUUGCAUUUUAAGUGAAAGAUUUUUUGUAAUAUUUUGAUUGGAAGUGCCACUUCCCUCAUCGCAUGUAUGAUAUGAUUGAAAAUUUUUGAAGGUACAAAUUUAGAUUUAUAUAGUUUAACCAAUACCUGAGCACCUGGUCGUCAGUCAACUUUUUGUUGGAAAGUUCUGUCUCACUCAUCAGGGUUCUAUUUCCACUUAUGUCAUGAUUUACACAUCAAUAGAUAUUUUUACAAAUGACCUAAUCACAGUCUAUUUUGUAGGCUAAAGAUAAAAUUGUUGUUCAUUUUCAUCUGAAAAUUUCGAUCUUUUAUGGUGAGUUUAUUUUUUGAGCCAUCAUUCAUCUGGGGGCGGGAUUUUUGUAAUGCUUUCAGCUGCUCCUCUUAAUCUAUUGUCCAUCCUUUAGUAGCAUUGUAAGCACUGUAUAAUGCUUAAUUUUACCGAUUUAAUUUUUUAAUUUUUUUUUGUUUGUUUUUAUCUUGGUUCUGUGUUUUGUGUAUGUGUUUUUAAAUGAAUCAGUGAGAACGAAAACAUACCAACUCGGGAAAAUGAAAAUAAUCAAGACACACGCAAAACUACUCAGAAGGUGAAGAAGUUAGUUUAAGGAAAAGAUUUUUGCUUCCGAAAGACAAGUACUCAUGGACACUUUAAAAGUCCAAGAUGGAACAGAUGCGCUAACUUCAAUGACUUUUAUGUAAAUUAACUGUUUUCAAUGAAUAUUGAUCAUUUUAGAGUUAACGAGUUGGUGUGUUUUCGUACUCAUUGAUUCAAAUCUUUUGUUAAGUACAACUUCAACACCCGGUAAUGUACCUGCUGAAUAAAUUUAUUAUACUCAUCAUAGUUACGCAUAUGUUAAAAUUAAAGUUCUUAUGUGGAAUGACAGUUUUCUGCAUAGAUACUUGCUAAUCAUUUUGAUUUUUUGUGGGCUUAGGAAAUAAUGGUUGUACCUCUUAAACUGCUAGGAAAGAGCCUAAAAUUGAAGCUGCUGUGAACUGCAGUUUUCAAUAAAGCACCUGUUUUCCAGCAAAAGAACCUCAGGGCAAACCUGUGAUCUCGUAAUGAGGCUUUGGCCAAUACUUAAGUUACCUACCGAGCUUGCCUUCUUUUCUUAAUUUUGUUGUAUUUUAAUCAAGAAGACUGCAACAACGCAAUUUAUUAAUUGGAGUUUUCCACUUCGGAUCAAGCAUGUUUAUAAUUUUUGAAUAAACUUAUAUGUUCCUAAUUUAAA